CAAGCUAGCAACCUUUUCAAUCAAGCAAGCUUUACACCUUCCACAAUACCAUUCCUUUUGUCGGCUCAGAGGUUGGCUCUGUUCAGUUUCCUCCUUCAGCUUCAACUACUGGGUUUAAAACAGACAAGGAAUAAAAAAAACCUUAGCCCUCCUCCACUUGCCGCCGGCGGAUAGGCGUACCUAUAGUUAUCCCGUAUGGUUAUCCCUUGUCAAGUUGCGAUUAUUUCAAUGCAAUUUCUCUUUGCUCUGAUCAUCUACUCAUCUACUAAAAGGCUCUCUCUCUUCUGCUCCCUCCUUUUUCCUCUCUCUCUAUAUACUUCUCUAAUCAAAUUAAGUCACGUCAAUAUUUACGUAAGAGUGCGACUAGGGUCCCCAAGUGUGUGCACCACUUUGUAAAUAUAACUAACUACUCCGUAUUCGCAACGACAAAAAGACUUACCCAUCUUCGUGUGGCGCCCCCAAAACUGGCGCCGCAAGGGGAAAAUUACCAGGCGCUCUAGACGGGACGAUGCUCAGUUUCUCAACUGUUGACAGUCAGCGGACAUGGGUCAUUUAUUCAUUCCCAGCUCCAUUUAAAAACGUCGAGGUAGGGCAGAGCAAAGAAAGAGAGAGGAAACUGAGUAUCUAUAAAUAGACACCUCGGGACUAAGGAAUGGUAGCUAUCGAACAAUCAAGAACAAGAACAAGAAUCAUCAGAACAAGAAUAAAACCAAAACCAAAAACAAAAACCAAAACCAAAACAAAACCAAAACAAAACCAAAACCAAAACCAAAACCAAGAACAAGCAUAAUAAUGAACGGGAGUAACAAUGCCAGUAAAACAGUUAUAAAUUAGUUAAAGAACAAAAUAAAAUGGGGAAAUCCCACGCCUGAAGGCAAAAAGCACCAGCUCCAAGCUCCAGUCGGAUAAGUUAUCUUGGCGGGGGGCGGCGCCUUAGCUAAGCAGGCAUCAGGCUCAGGCUCAAGGCUCAGGCUCGUGCCGUCCUCUCCUCAGCCCAACCAAACCCAUCCUUUCCUCUCUACCCCCGUUUGCCCUCAAUUAUCCUCCAUCUCUCCAUCUCUCCCAUCUGCUCUCUUUUUUUACUUCUCGUUCUCAUCAACUCCCUCGCCUUGCCUCUCUUUUUUCUUUUUUGUUUUUUUGGCUCUCUCUUCAGAUACCCUACUCCACGUCUGCGUCGUGGUGGUUGUUUCUCUUUGCUCGCUUUUGUGGCUCUACAACGGCCAAGCCCCCUCCUCUCCCCCCCGUCAGUUUUGCAUCCCCAUCGCGAGCCUCAUCCCCAUCCGUUCUGUAUCAUUUACAAUCCAAGCAAUCCGUACUAAAUACAUCUUCAAUAGAGGCUUCCAUCCUUCCCACAUCGACUCAACCCCAUGUGCAGACCCUCGCUGCCAGAUUUUGAAGCCGUCUGCCGUUCCGUAUAAAGCUCCCUCGUUGCGUGCUCACAUAGUUUUCCUUCUUGGGUUUUAGAGCCUCGUUUUCCUUGGUCGGUUUCUGCUUUUUGUGUCAAAAAACAAAAAAAAAAAAAAAAAAAACAAGAGACCUUGAUCAUCGUCCCAUCAUUUCACGGCUCAUAUACCCCCCGCUCUGGUGUUAUCGUUAUUGGAUCAAUCGGGUUUUCUACCACAAUACCCUUUUGUAAUUUGAUGUAGAUCGGGCCAUCCAUUUGUUCAUCCCGAUAUAUUUUAUUCAACCCAAAGGAAUCUUCACCCUUUGCAAAUAGCGUUCACAAACCCUUAUAUCCCCUUUUAAUUCCGGUUCGAAGUCAGAAAGUAUUUGACAACAUUCGUCAUGAGGGAAGUAAAUUUCAGCAUUCCGAACGUCAACAAGGCGGCUGUCAACAUCACAACUACGCUUUACGACCGACGGGCCCUUGACUGCACUUCCACGCUUCCUCUCAUGAACUCCCUGAACCACCUUGCCUACCUCACCACAUCCUCUGCCAGAAUUCGUGACAUACUUACCGUCGAUGGAGGAAUUGAGCAGUUAGUAUGCAUUCUGAAGGAAGGGAGGAGCAAGGACUUGAUGGAGAUGUGGAAAUGGAACCUUGCCUUCCAGUGUGUGGUCAAUAUUGGAGUCCGUGGCACGGAGAAUGUGAGGACGAGAGUUGUUGAGGCAGAUGUUGUGCCGGUAGUUGCCACAAUCCUCGAUAACUACAUUCGUGUGGUCGAUAAAAUAAGGGCACGUGCCGAUGCAGAAGCACAGCGGAACACGAGAGUUUCCAAAACAUCCCGUUCACGCGAUCAGAGCAAUCGUUCAUCCUUCUUUGAGAGAGCUCCGGCAUCGUCAGACCACCGCACCACUCGCCGACAAGCCCCACCCCCGUCGAUUGAGAUUCCUCAUCCAUAUUCUCGAGAUGCCCAACACGGAGAGUCUGGCGCGAUGGAAAUCACACCGUCCCCUCAAGUCAUCCUAACUUCUCCUCCAGAUCGCACGAUAUUUUCCCGUGAUGCACGCAGCCAUAGAACAAUCGAGAGCCGCCAUCAGCUAGGAACACAUCGUCAUCGAGUAAUGCAACCUCUUGCAACAGCUGUUCCUCCUGUGGAUGGCACUGUUGGUUUUGGGCUUCGUCCUGUUCGUGACGCUGACCGGUUGCCGCCAAUGCUUCCAGGCCUGCAACCGGGACUUAACUCUCAGCCAGAGUCACCAACGACGCCCCACGGCGUUGGUGAACAUCAAAACCCUGCUCCCAUGAAUGCGAGAGCGAGACGACGCCCAUCGAUUCGCCAGCAGCCUUCGGCAUCGGGAGAGUCUGACGAUGCUAAUGGAGAUGAUGUGGUCAUGGGAGAGGACCCUUCUCCACACCACGUCACUGAGCCCAUAGUUGAUAUGCAGAACGGAAUGGAAAUCGAUGAUGUUGGCGAAAGCGGCUCCAUGCUUGACGGUAGCUCCGAGACCCAUGGAAUCACGAUUCCAAACCCGUCCGAUACACCUGAAGCGGAGACUUUCAAUAUCACUCACCCAUCUGCAAUUGACGUAGGCAUCAUAAACACAACAGCGCAGCCCGGAAAUGGUGUUGCUGGCCUUUCACCCGUCCGCCCGACUGCGUUAAACACUGCGUCUCCUGUUCCUCAGCAAAACCUCUAUCCUUUCUACCUGAGAGAUCGCCAAGUACCUCCCGGUGUUUUGACUGCGAUGCCUCGAGAUGAAGAUGUCUUGAUGGCCUUACAACUUCUAGCAUAUGUCUCGAAAUAUUGCAAUUUACGCUCGUAUUUCCAAAAGACACAUUUGGUUCCAAGAUUGAAGUUGGGUAAGGACAUUCACCUCUUGGACGAUCCCAAUGCUCUGUCUCAACCUCCGCUGGAGCCGGAGGAAGAGGAAGAGGAAUACCUACUACCCGAUGAUUUCAACAUAUUCCCACUUGUUGAAAAAUUCACCAUUCGACACCACACCAAGGAUAUGCAAUACUGGGCCUGCGUUGUGAUGCGAAAUCUAUGCCGCAAGGAUGAUGCCAGGGGCGGUAUUCGCCAGUGUGCAUACUACAAGUGUGGGAAAUGGGAGGAGUUCCAACGCCAAUUUGCGAAAUGUAGACGAUGCCGCAGGACAAAGUAUUGUAGCAAAGAUUGCCAGAAGAAUGCCUGGGCCUUCCAUCGUCAUUGGUGCCAUAGCACCCCAGGCCCUUCCGAGCAGGCACAGUCUUCUGAGCAGCCACAACCUUCUGAGCAGGCGCCAUAAUACACUGAAAUAUGCAUCGUACCUCCCCCCUUCUUCUAGACUGUCUCAAAGUCAAGUUGCCAGAAACAUUUUCAACAACCACUUCCAUCCGAGAUCAUAGCAGACUUGCAUUAUCAAUCACCAUCGAUUCCCCGAUUAUUUACAAUCAAGCAACCGUUUUUAUGACACUUCUUUUUCCUUCUCUUUUUGUUUCUUUUAUUAUCUUGUUUUUCUCUUAGAGCCAGAACCAUUCUGCGAGUGCCAUCAUCUUUGAUGUCACUUGACUACUUUUAUAUAUACACUUAUAACUUUCACUCUUAAUUUUCGAAUCAUAUGGACGAAUUUCCUUAGUCUUGCUGUCAACCCUUCUUCAUAUUGAGCUUCCUCUUUUUGCUUUUUGGCUCAUGAAAGAAAGAAAGUGCAUUCCACAGACAAUUCUCUUCUCUCUCCCUUGAGCGCGCUAUAUUAUUCCACCCAGCUGGCUUGCUAACAUGGGCUUCUGGGUGCGCUACUUUCGUUUCGUUUCCUUCCCGCUACCUCCUCCUUUUGACGGUCCUAACUUAGUUUUCCAUUUUUUCUUAAUAUUAACUUCUAUUUUUCAAUCUUCUUUUACAUUAUUCACGGUUGGGAAUGGGAUGGGGGGUGGAAAGAGAGAGGUUGGUAGUGACGUAAGUUAACGUAUAUUAGGCGAAUACUUCUGCAUAUUUAUCAUUUUUCGCUGUUAGUUAUAUCCCUCUUUUGUACCCCCCAUUGUUUUUGCAUUCACUUUCUAUGUGUCUAUUUUAUUCCAUUGUGGCAUUUUCUUUUCGUACAUUCUACCGCUACCCACUGCGCCUUUUCCAACAAGCCUUUCUUGGGGAACUUGUGAUUUCUUAGCUUUUCCUCCUUUUUAUUUUUAUUUUAUUUUCGUAUCUGUGUCCCCACUGCUUUGACAGCAACUCUCUUGCCUAACAUUGUUCUUUUUUUUUUUUCGUUUGUGUUUGCUCUGCUCUGCUCUACUUCGCUCCGCAUUGCUCUCUAUUUCCUCUUUAAACAAAACGAAUAAACAACUCAACCUUUCUCUUCCCCCCCCCUUCUCUCUCUCUAUAUAUAGCUCUUCUGAGUAGUCAGUGCAUAUACCACUUAUUCCCCUCUCAUUUUUGUUAUGUAUUCCGAUUGAAUCAUGGAAUAAAAAUACGUAUAUCAUCUCCUCGCAAUGGCUAGCUUCCUCUUCGUUUUGCUGAACCAUCCCCUCCCCCCACUGAUUUUCAUGAUAAAGCGCCGAAAAAUCCUUUGGAGACUUUGGGAGACUUAGAGGUUGUGACAGUAGUGUGAUGAUGAUGUUUCUGCUUUUCCGCCUUUUGAUGACGUGCUCUUGAAAUUAUCCACUUGAAAGGACCGAUACGGCUUUGGAGUAAGAAAUGGGAUGGCCAGAAGAUGAAGAGGCAUGCUGGAACGGGUACAAUUUAUAUUAUAUAAGCCAUUCGUUUAACUUAACUACGCAAGAUUUUCCGUUUUUGGAGCAGUUGUACUGAGAUUAUGAAUGGCUUAUGGCAAACCUACUAAAAUUAAGCUUUUGUCGCCUUGGCCGCAAUGGGGUUCUAAAUGCAUCUACAGAUUUAGAUCGUGUUGGAUAGAUUUUAUUGUCGUAUUUCACAAUUUCCAAAAAGCCACGAAAGGACGUGUGCGAGAAAAGGGGAAAAGCCAUGUCGUAUGGAUUUGGGAUGGUUGCAGUUGGGCUAUGAAUACUGAGAUAGAAACUCUGAGCUACAGGAUGAAAGAAGCAGAUCCAUUCAAUCAUAGCCCGAGACGCUAGAUGUUAGAGAAAAAAAAGAUAAAAAUCACUGAUACUCCUCCUUCAACCCGCCAUAUGUCGCCGCCAACCUCCCCGCCAAAUGCUCUCUCGCAGUCAAAGGAACUUCCCCAGCAUCACCACUAUUACCACCAUUAUCUCCCAGUCGCUGCCUGCCGUCCGUCGUAGACAUCAUAUUCUGCUUCCUCCGCUCCUCAACGAGCUGGCUAGGAACAGGCACAAGCUCCGUGUUAUUCACCGGAUGACAGAAAUAUGCCAUGCUAUACCUAUCACGGCUUCGGUCGCCUUCAUCCAUCUCAACUCCCUGCUGCUGCUGCUGUUGCUGUUGCUGCAACUCCUGUGGAAACACAACUCGAUGUACCGUAGAUUUCAACAGCCCAGCCGUCCAGAAACUCAGCAGAUCACCAAUGUUUAUCAGUAUGGGUGGGAAUAUCGCAUCCGCGCCACUGCCACUGUCACUGCCAGAAACAGCAGGCCGAACAGGUACAGGCGCCCAUCCCCCCGUCGGCGUAAGGAUUUCUAACCCUGGCUGGCCAUCUCGCUGGAAUAGGAGGGUGAUACUGCCGUAGUCGCUGUGGGCCCCGGCGCGGACGUCAACGCCGUGCUUGAAGGUUGAGGAAGCAGGUGAGUCGAUUGAAGGGUAGUAGAGGAAGCGG